CGGCAUUAGCUUUCUCCGGUAACAUGGCUGACAACAACCAGGAAGAUCGUGCUCCGACACUAGAAGAUAAGCUGUGGAAGAAGACGUCGCCGACGAAGAGAAAAGCUGAUGGCAACGAAGACGACCCCGAGAGAGUGGCAACGGCGAAAGUACAGAAACCGUCGGGAGGGAUCAGCAUAAGGCUGGGAGGAAAUCUUGCAGCUGCACCUGCCAAGAAUUCUCCUGGGGCCGGCUUCGUAUCGACCAAGACGGUGGCCCCGAUUUCUAUUAAAUUAGGCGCAAACAAACCCAAACCUUCUAGUUCACCUGCUGCACAACCUGUCAAGAAAGUUGCAGCUGUGUUUGCAGAGAGCGACGAUGAUGAUGAACCAGAAGAGAUGCCACCAGAAGCAAAAAUGAGAAUGAAAAAUAUUGGAAGAGACACCCCCACGUCAGCAGGCCCCAACUCUUUCAACAAGGGCAGGAUUGGUUUCUGCGACAAGGCCAAGAUGUGGGAGAGAGAUCUCAAGGCAAAGGCAGAGAAAUUAGCCACAGAUAAAUAGUGUUUAAUGUACAUGGUUCACCUCUUGUAGUAUAAAGCUUUCUCACAUGGCGGUCAUGAUACAUGUAGUUUGAAAACGAGGUCAAUGAGGCAAACAAAAGUUGUCCAUCAGAAUUAGCAUGCAGUUCAACCAAUGGUCUGUCAAAUAUUUGCAUUAUAAUAUUUUUAUUUUGCAUCUAUUGAGGCACUAUGAGAUCAGUCUACGCUAAGUCUAGAUUGCUACAUCUUUCGGUGCAACACUUGUUGUAAUAUUUAUUGUUUCAUCUUAUAUUGUGAAAAUUUGUGUGGUUUGGGGGAAAACUAAACAAGAGCUGAUUUUAGAAAUAUUUUUUGUUUGUUUGCCUCAUUAGCCUCAUUUUCAAUCUUUGAUGGCCGCUGCGUAAGAAAGGUGUAUUAACCUUUCUUUUAAUGCCUUAUGUUUUCUUGAAAUCGUAUUCCACAUUAAUUAGGCUAAUUGGAUGUACAUGUAGCUGUUAAUACUAAUAGUAUUCAGGUGUGUAGAUGCUUAUAUUUUUAGUUAUAAAGCUAUGUGGACUUUAAAAAAUCCACAUAGCUUUAAGUUUUAUGACUUGUUAGACCAUAAAGCAAACAUAACCUUGGUUACAGAAAAAGUGAAAUAUGAUUUAUUGCAGUAUGUAUGAAGAUGUUUUUUGCUGUAUAAUGUAUUACUCAGGUGUGAAUGUGGAUGUAUGAGUUCAUGUAUGCCUAAUAAUAUGUAAAUUACUUGUAGAUGGACCACAGUUCCUCAGCAAGCUAUCAGUUAACCCUUUUUGUGUCUGUUACAGUUACUUGCAUAUUUGGACAUAUUCUUGUGUAAAAAAAAAGUAAGAAAAUAUUAUCAUUCACAUAUGUCCACACAGGUACUUAUUGCAUGGCUUUGUGUGAGUUGAUCAGUUUGUGUAGUUGUGAUUUCUUAGGUAAUAAACGGGUAUCGGCUGUUAGAAUGUAUAGCGAUACAAGUGAAAGUUUGCAGAUAUGUCCACCAACAUUACAUACACAUAGAACAUUUUUACAUCAUCUAGAAAGGUGCUUAAAAGUGAGAAAUAUUAUAAAGAUGAUAAUAUAUACAGGUACAUAAACAGCAUAGUUAUUAGACAGCAAUGUGUGCUAUACAACAGCCCCACUUGAAUUAUAGUUAUACUGAUACAUUUAUUACAUAUCAUCACAUCUUCCUGAAAUUCAUUUCCAUCUUGAUACAUAAUGCUUUUAGCUGUGCCGUUACACUUGAUACAUUCCAUAAAUGCUUUUUGCCUCUCUCCAACAUGCUGUAGACAUCCCUGCACUGUUCUAACAUCACAGUGUGACAUCCCUUGCGGACUUUCACGCUUGUUCAGGAUCAAAGCAAUGUCCUGACAUGACCUUGUAAAGAAUUUGUCAAGAUGCCAGAGUUGAUUCAAUGAUCCAAGUCAGCCCCUGUCCCAGAAAUGUUUUGUGACCAUGGCAGAAGGCUUCAAGGCUGUUAUAACUCAUUCCACAUGUCCUGAUGUGUGCUUGUAAGUGACAUUAAAGCCUGGGGCGUCCAUCAACUUGAAGUCUAAAUCUGAUUUGAUAUCUGUAAUGUACUUUCUUUGUUCAUUUAUUUCCUGAAUUGUACUUAAAACCAAACAAUGGAUAGUGAGUGAGUGUGUACUUGCAAUGUUUUCUUUUCAUUUUGUGUUAUCAUUUGCUAUUAAUUGUUGAAUAUGUGCUCAAAUAAUCAAAUCAAAGUAUUGUAACUUCCCCUUGCACAGUGCAGCUACCUGCAAUGGAUACAGUGGAUCUGAACAACGGUUUUCAUGCAAUUUACUCCACAUUGUAGGAUGUAUUUUUUAAGUCAAAUUCAUUAUAGCACAGUUACAUGCUAUGUGGACAUAUACAAGUCAUGAACUGUUUUAUAAUACUAACAAUAAAUACACAAACGUCAAGCAGUGAAAAAAUAGAAUUCUGUAACAUAUCAGAGAGAUCAGAUAUCUUAUCAACGUGUGUUAUACUAGUAUUGUCUUAGCUCUGUAAAUUGGCACUGAUGGAAUGCACAUAUUGGAAACUGUAAACAAAUUAGCAAAGCACCAACAGCUUGGGGGAUGUAAGAUAUGGGUCAGCCUGCUUAACUUACAUGUAGACUCUUGUAGAUAAUAGCUCAAGAUUAUACAUGGAAAUGAAAACAGUCUUCUAAAGGUUUAUGUACAUGGCCUUUAUAUGCAUAAAGAUUAAGUUGGGGAUAUUAAAGUAAAUUUAUUUGGGCUCUUUCAAAGUCACAUUCCAGUAAAUAUUUAUACCUUUUGCAACAAUAAUGAAAUUUGUGGGUUUUAUUCUUGUGUCUUGUAGUACUAGAGGUACACUGCAUGUUUUACAUUUGUUGUAUAAGAUUGCUAUGCCAGGCUUAUUAUGGCCACAAAGAAUGCAAAGUUUGUAAGUUUUAUUUGUAUUACAAAUACUAUUCUUUGAAAGUAAGCUGCAUAAUUUAGUUUCUCAGUCCUAGCCUGUUGCAGUGGGCGACCAUAUUAUAACCUUUCUUGUGGUCUUUCUUCCAUCAAUGUUGCUUUGAGUACAAUGUGAUGCUUUCAUUGAUUUCACUGACAUAUGUCUGACUUACAUUAUACUGGUUCGUCUUCAGAUUUAGGUCAAUGCCCAACAGUUUUACAAUAAAGUUUUUCAAAAUUGCA